AUGUCCGCUGCAGAGGCCAAGACUAUCGAUCCACAACAGCGACUUGCCCUGGAAAUGUCCUAUGCUGCCUGCCACCACGCUGGGCGAGCGAAGCAAUCCCUGCUUGGGUCUGACACCGGCGUCUUUGUGGGACAGUGCAACAAUGACUGGGCCAAGUUCUCCAAAGAGCGAGCCGCAAAUCCCUACACAGGUCCGGGAACCCAUGCAUCCAUCUCAUCCAACCGAAUCUCCUACAGCCUCGGGCUACGUGGUGCAAGCGCAUCUGUGGACACAGCCUGCUCGUCGUCUUUGGUCGCACUUGACAUUGCCUGCCAAAAGUUGGGCCUGGGAAUGCUGGCUGCCUUGAUGACUGGUGUGCAGCUGAAUUUGAUUGCAGAGCCAUUCGUUGCAUUCUCGAAAGCACGGAUGCUUGCACCAGAUGGCCGGUGCAAGACCUUCGAUGCCUCCGCAAACGGUUACGUUCGUGGCGAGGGUUGCGGCUCGGCACUGCUACAGAUAGCUGCAACAGCGGAGGACAUGGCUGGUCCUCUGCCGGCUAUAGCUUCCACUUCCACCAAUCAAGAUGGCCGCAGCUCAACUCUGACAGCUCCGAAUGGCCCCGCCCAGCAGGAUGCCAUCCGAAAGGCUUUGUCGAUUGCAGAGCUACUUGGAUCCCAGAUCAACCUGGUUGAGUGCCACGGUACGGGCACAGCUCUGGGCGAUCCCAUUGAGACGGGAGCUCUCAAGGCAGUCUUGGCCUCGGGACGUUCUAUGCCGGUGCAGCUCGCGACAGUGAAGACAAACAUUGGACACUUGGAAGGCGCAGCUGGCGUUGCCGGCAAGGUUCCUCCCAAUGUCCACUUUGCCAAGUUGAACCCCACGAUUGAUCUUGAGGACUUUGCUGCUGAGAUCCCAACUACUGCGCAGCCCUUGCAGGGCCUUUCCUCAUUUGGAUUUGGCGGAACGAACGCUCACGUGAUCUGCAAGCGCACGGCUAAGGUGGCGGCCAAGAGGCGCGUGGCCUUUCUCUUCACAGGGCAGGGCUCUCAGCGGAUUGGCAUGGGUCAAGACCUCUACGCCUCCGAGGAGUCCUUCAGAUGUGCGCUGGACGUCUGCGCGGAACUGCUGGAUCCACUGCUCGAGAAGCCCCUCCUGGAUGUGCUCUUCAAGGCAGAGAAUCGCGAGCUGCUGGAUCUGACGAAGUACUCGCAGCCAGCAAUUUUCUCAGUUGAGUAUGCGCUAUCUGAAAUGUGGAAGGCCAUGGGCAUCGAGCCUUGUGCUGUUCUUGGGCACAGUGUGGGCGAGUAUGCCGCUGCCGUUGCAGCGGGUGUCCUGGAGCUGGAGGAUGCAGCACGCCUCGUGGCCGAGCGAGGGCGGCUCAUCGCGGAGCUCUGCGAGAGCAAUGUGGGUGGUAUGACCGCUUGCUGCUUGCCAUAUAGGGAUGUCCUCAAGGUCCUUUCAGGGCUAUCCGAAGACGAGCGCAAGCAAGUGUCAGUUGCUGCGGUCAAUGGGCCCAAGAUGACAGUGAUUUCAGGCCGUAAGGAUUUGGUGAAGCAGGUUGUGGAGAGCACCGGUGCUGGGAACAAGGAGCUGAACGUUUCCCAUGCGUUCCACUCUCCGCUCAUGGCGCCCAUGCUGGAGAGCUUCCGGAAAGAGGUUGCAUCCGCGAAGCUUUCCGCUCCAAAAGUGCGAUUCCUCUCCACGGUGACGGGCAAGGAGGAAAGCGAUGCUUUCACAAACCCGGACUACUGGGUCCGACAUGUGUCACAGGCAGUCCGUUUUGCCGAUGGCAUGGCUGCUUUGGAGGGAGUAACCCAGGAAGCUCCAGAAGCCUACCUGGAAGUUGGCCCAGAGCCAACCCUUGUGAAGAUGGGGAAGAGGUGUGCGUCUGGCCCUGCUUCUAGCAAGGAAUGGCCUUGGCUUCACUCCAUUGAGCCAGGCCAAGGAGAGGGCAACACCGUAGCAUCCGCGCUUUCGCAGCUGCAGGGUGCAUUGGCGGCCUUGCAGUACAAGAGGCAGCCCUUCCCCUGGCGUGAUGCCGGCCCCCGGCUUCUGAGAAAGCGCAGCGAGGGGCCCAACGAAGUGCUCUUUGACUGCCCCGUGCGGGGCGACAUCUUCCAGGUUUCCGCUGAACACGUUGUCUACAACGAGAUUGUCAUUCCAGGUGUUGUAUUCGUGGAGAUGGCCAUGGAGGCUGCAAGGGCUCACCUUGGACCAGAGGCCCAGUUGCGGGACAUACAGAUGGUUUGGCCCUUCGUGGUGCCAAAGGAUGGAGACACUGACAGCAAGCAGAUGAUGAUGCGGCUCGCCAUCAUCGGCAACAAGCGCUUCGAGCUUCGAAGCCAGGGGCCUGGUGAUGAUGCUUGGACAGUGCACUGUGAAGGUCGGGUGGAGGCAAGCGGUGGUGGCUCGAAGGCAGCAGCAAGCAUCGACCCUGAGCUGACCAUCGAAGCUUGUGCCAAGCGCUGCCCAGAGCAGGUGGACCCUGCCAAGCUGUAUCCUCUUGUUGACAGUACAGGCCUCUGGUUGGGACCGAAGUUCCAAGUGUGCCACGACAUGUGCCGCAAUCCGGAUGAGAUCUCCUGCCGCAUGCAGCUCAACUCCGAUGUGCCCAACCAGGGCUACAUCAUCCACCCGUCCCUGUUCGAUGGUACCAUCCACGCAGUGUGUGCCACCAUGUUCGAUCAGGAUCCACCCUUCCUGAAGAUCUUUGCAGGAGUUGGUAAGGUCAUGGUGGUCACAAACGAGGCACCCAAGGAUCAAGCCGUCAUUCUGCACCUCCGCAUCGACGAGAAGACGGACCAGCAGCAGAUCUUCACUUGCCAAGUCUUCAGCGAGGCGGGAACUCUUCUGUGGAGGCUGGAGGACGUGAUCUUCCGCAAAGUCCUUCCGGAGCAGAUUCAGAAGGCGCUGGCAGCCACCAAGGCCAAGGAUGCCGUCAGCUUCUUCGAGACCAAGUGGAAGGAGCUCCCUGAGGUGGAUGCCGACAGCAGCCUCCUCCCCUCCAAGGACUCUCAUCCUUCGUGCUGUCAGUCUUUUCCUCGUCCCCCCGGCCAUUCUGCACGAUCAUGA